AUCCUCAAACACACUGUAAGUUACCCUCCUUGACCCUUGCACUUCCAUGAACGUGUGUGAGGGAUGGGGCGAGGACCACCGCUGAUCUUUAUAGCACAUACCCGCAUCUUCGACACCGCGUCAAGAAACUUGCAAGCCAGAGCGCGUCCCUGGAGACUGGUCGCGUCCACUUCCGGUGGGGCAGAGUGCUGGAAAAAUAGCAACGGCUGAGCAGCAGCACAGGCUCAGCUGGGGAAGGAGGAGGUUAGGCUGGAGCUAAAGCGAGUCGCUGUGCAUGGGAAUGGGCGACAUUUGACUGCGGAGAAGGUUCUCUACAAACCAGGAGAGACGUCAGUGAGUCAUGGAGGACUGUGGAAGCCUCAUAGAGUUUGAUGUGCCUGGGUUCAGCAACACCGUCCUGAACCAGCUCAAUGAGCUCCGUCUCCAGGGCAAGCUGUGCGACAUCAUCGUCCACAUUCAGGGACAGCCGUUCCAGGCCCACAAGGCCGUGCUGGCCGCCAGUUCACCGUACUUCCGCGAUCAUUCAUCUCUGGGUACAAUGAGCGGCCUCUCCAUCUCGGUAAUCAAGAGCCCUGAAGUGUUCGAGCAGCUGCUGGCCUUCUGUUACACUGGCCGCAUGACGUUGCACCUGCGUGACGUCAUUAGCUUUCUCACAGCUGCCAGCUUCCUCCAGAUGCAGGCUGUGAUUGAUAAGUGCACGCAGAUUCUUGAGGGCAUUCACUCUAAGAUCAGCCUCCCAGUGCCUGGUGGAACGGAUUCGGACAGCGAUUUCACACCCUCGAGGGCUGGACGCAACGGUGUGAAAGACAGAGGUAUUUUUAUAAACCCCACCGAGAUUUCGCCACCCUACUAUUCACGCCAAAAUCAUUGCGUGGAUGUGCGUGGCUCAGGUAAGGGGAUGGCGCAGCAGGCAGAGGAGGGACAGUCAGAUCGGGCGAGCAGCGACGGCGUAUCCGAGCAGGAGGUGUCCAUGGAGGUCGAAUCAGAGCAGGUAGAGCUCAUAGGAAAGGAUGGGCAGGUGACAGAUGUCCAUAUCAAGGUGGAGAAAACGGACCGGCCCAGCUACUCCGACAGCUCAUCGGCAGGUGAUGAUGGCUACCACACUGAGCUCGUAGAUGGCGAACAGGUGCUAGCCGUCAGCGUAGGAUCGUACGGGCCCGUGCUUUCCUCCGCCGGAUACACCUACUCUGCACUGCCUUCCCCGUGUUUUGUCAGCCUGAGUUCCUCCAGCCCCUCUCGCUCAUUGCUCAGUAGCUACCGCGGUGGUCGUUCCCGCCCCAAACGUCCCGUGCCUCUUCCAGCUGAUUUGCUAACUCAGCUCAAGCCCGCUGCCGGAGAAAGCGACGGACCUGCAGCAGCGACUGGCUUUGUGAACGAUGUGAGGGAACGGAGUCUCCGUGGCCAAUGGUACCCCCACAACGAGCGCCUCAUUUGUAUCUACUGCGGCAAGUCGUUCAAUCAAAAAGGCAGCCUGGACCGCCACAUGCGUCUGCACAUGGGCAUCACGCCCUUCGUCUGCAAGUUCUGCGGCAAGAAGUACACUCGCAAAGAUCAGCUUGAGUACCACAUCCGCGGCCACACGGACAACAAACCCUUCAACUGCCAAAUCUGCGGCAAAUGUUUCCCCUUUCAAGGCACACUCAACCAGCACUUGCGCAAGAAGCACAUGAUCACCGGCACAGAAGUUAACAAUCACACGGACUUGCUGGCAGAUGCACCCGAUGGCCAGAAGGGGGAGCAAGAAGACGUCUCUGAGGGAGAACCAGCCUACGGAGCAGCGUGCAAUGAUGACGCAUUGACGAAAAAUAUAGGCGAAGAGAGUGGCAAGUGUAGUCCGGAUGAAGCCCCUGCGUCCAAAUGUGGUUAUUGAGAAAUACGUUUUCAUAUUCGGUUGUUUGUUCUUAUAUGAUAAGGAAGCAGAAAUAACAAACCUGUCUUGCUCAUUUUCUACUCCUCUGUUUUUGUGGAAGUUCUACAUGGGACUAAGAUCAAGCUAAUGUUUUUAAGGAACCAGAGUUUUUCAAAGGGAAGGAGUCCUACAAUCGGGGAAAUAAAUAAUCGAAGAGGCGGCGUAUUCAAGGGCCUCCCAAGAGUUUUAUCACGUUUUUAUAUAUCUAUAUAUAUUUCCAUGUUUUUCGACAUAUUUACAGAGUAAUAUAGGCAUGUUGCAAUAAUGAAUAAUGUGAAAGCUCAGAUGAGACGCUAGUCAUAUCACGCUUUUACCUGACCUAUUUUUGCACAUAUGGCCCGUAGUAGGUCACUCACUCACAAGGAAUGGUUUUUCUGCCAGCUCGAGGCUAAUUGUGACACAUCCGUUCAAUACCUCAUUAUACAACCUCAUUAUACAACCUCAACAUACUCAUAAUGAACAGUAUUUUUAGCUUCUUUUCAACUCCGGCCAGGUUUUACCUCACAGCAAAGAACCUGAAAAGAGGAGACAUUUGUUUUGUUCUCAGGGUUUAAUGGAUACGGUGGUGAAAACCUUGAACAAAACAUCUUCACUUUAUCAAGAUAUUUCAGUUAUAUAUUCUUAAGUGAUUGUAUGAAUUCUGAAUCGAUGUAGUUCAGUUUUCUUCAGCAGCCAUUUUAUGUACGUCUGGGCGAAGAGUGCUGGCAAAGGUGUAUCUGUGGUGCGUUUUGGGAUCAAGGAUCCAGUACAAAAUAUGAAGAUGAGGGCUCCCUUUUUUAAUGAUGCAAUAUUUCUUCACAUAAUCACAACAUGUUUCUAGCGUUAACCAGUUGUAUGUGUAGCUUCAACAUUUACAGAGGAGUUAUACUGUUUAUCAGUUCAAGAAUGUAAAAUUUUUUGGCCUUCAUGUGUUUAUUUUCGGUUUGUGCCAAGUUCGUUUUUGUUUCAAAAGAGUCAUUUGCAGUUUGCUUUUCCUGACACUGAGAGGGAGGGUGUGCCUUCAAAAAUGAAACCUUAAAAUGUAUAUUUUACUUUAGUUGAAAAUAUGGUUUGGCACAAAAUUCAUGCACGUUGUGAAAAUUGCCUUAGGGCCGUACCACCUUGGGAAAAGGUGGAAAGAAUUCUUGAAACAUUUAUAACGUUGGUUUCCUCACUCGGUCAAUGGUUAAAAUUUCUUUUCUUACAGUUACUCAGUUUGAAAGUGCUUAGGUAUUUGUGUAGAUUGGACAGCGAUGAUAAGAAGCUUUCCAUUGCUUCACACUUAAUGCAUUUGUUGACGUACAGACCAGACAUUCAGUGUUUCAAAUCAGAAAUGAAUAAUUCAACAACAUUCACUUCCUGCAGUCAUGCUUUAGUAUAGCACUUUUAUGCAUUUAGUAGUGGGAUUAGAAAACUUUAGAUGUCUGAUAUCACCGUAAUAUCUAUUUUCAUAUCUGUUAACAGUACAGAAACAUACCUCACUUCUUUUUUUUCUUUUUCGAGACAUGGUAGUUGAGCUGUGGUUAGUUAUGACUCGUUCCUUUUUUAUGGAGAUAAGAGAGAAUUUUCACAUGGCAAUUUUAGGUGGAUUGUAUUAAUGUUUUUUUAAUCAUUCGAACAGAUCUCAGAUAGGAUACAUAUGGUGCAAAGCAGAAAGUCAGAUAAUAUUUGAUUGUGUUUUAUAUUCCGUAGUUGUCAAUAUAGUUGACUAAUUGCUUAUUUGCCUCCCUAACUGUCUGAUUUGAUUUAUAGUUCCUGAUGCUCAGACAGAUUUAAACAUGCCCAGUUUUCAGAAUCAAGUGCUUUCAUGUGUGCUCGAUGUAUUGUACACACCCUCUUUAAGUUCACUUUAGCUACUGUCAUAUAACAUCUGCGGUAUUAUCCCAUCAACACAACUCCUUGUCACACCGAGUUUCUAGAAAAACUCAAAUACGGGACGUACACAAUGACUUUAAUUAUGGUGCUCCUCCUUGUUUGUUUGUUUGUGUAGUAUUGCAGUAUCUUUCUCUGAUAAUGUUUACUCAUUUAUUGUUUUAAAACUAUAUGCAUAUCACUGUUUCAGUUAUAAAUGCUCUUACAUUUGACAUUUUAUGUGGUCUGGACAAAUGUGUAUGCUUGGGCCCCUCCUCCCAGGGUAGCUUCAUCACAGGUCCCGGGCGUUCCCAUUUGUCCCCCAGAGGAAUAGUUCACUCAGAAAUGAAACUUCUGUUAUUAUUUACUGAGACGUAUGACGUUCUUUGUUUUGUAGAACAUAAAAGGAAGUAUGCUAAGGAAUGACAGCUUUAGUCAUUCACUUUUAUUGUUUGGAACUAGCAUCAUGUGAAACACUGGACAUGGCGUAUGUAUAACAGAAUUUUCAGUUUUUAGUCAAAUAUUCCUUGAAGAUUUAUCGUAAGAACUAAGAAAAUUUGAAGGAAAUGACACCUCUUCCUUUUUCCCACUUUUUAUUUAAAACUAGCUUUGAUGUCUUUGCUCUUAAUUCAUAUUUCUGAACAACUAAACAAUAUUUGUGCCAUUCGAAUCUUAUCACACGCUCAUAUUUCUAGCAGAUGAGCAAAGAUCAACCUAACUCUUUUGUUUUAAACUCCUCGAGCUUGAACAGAUAAUGCCCAACAAUGAGCCAAAUGUGCUAAUUGUGUGGUUACAGUUAACAAGAGCCAAAACGCUUAAUGGGAAUACAUUAGGACUGGUCCAUACUACUGACAGAGCACCCUUUGGCGCUGCUCUAUGAGAUGACGUAUAUUAUUUGAAAUAGUGUAAGCCUGAUUGCUUUGUUCCCCGAAUGUAGGGUUGCACCGAAACGAAAAUUCUUGGCCGAAGCCAAACAUGAUGUGAAACACUUGGCCAAAGGCCGAAUAAUACCGAACACCGAGCAUGGUUUUUUGCAUUUCUUCUAUUUAUUAAGCAAUUUUUUUCAUUAUUGCACAAACUGAAUAGUCAAAAUGUGCUUUUUAUAAUUUGUCUUGCUUUUCAAUAAAAUACAAUACAACUUAAUAUAAAAUUGAGCAAAACAAAGUAAAUUCAAACAAAAAAUUGAGCCCUCUCCCUUCAUGAAUAGCCUAUAUUAAUUAGGCCUAUAACUGACUGCUUAAAGAAUGUAAUGUAAGUUACUCUGUACCCCUACAACAAAACAGUUCUUUAAAAAGUGUCAUUCCACAUUAGGCCAUAAGCUAAAAAUACGAAUAAACUAAAACUGUUGGAUUAUUAUAGGCUACAUUGCAAAAUGAUUUGAAAAAAAAAAAACAUCCAAUGCAAGCAAUUCUGACUGAUGCUGACUGACAACCAUUUCAGUUCACGUCUCUCCUCCAAACUCCGCCCACAAAAGCUGACUGUUCUCUCAGAAGGUGCACUGGUGGCCAGGAUGCACCGAACAUACUUUGACAAGUUGUUUAGUACAGGGAUCUGUGUGCACGCGACGACUGUAUGAUGUCGCGAGCGGCGGGGCUACUGUCAGACAGCCCGCUUCCGUCUGAAGUAAAGUUACCGACCGGUAAAGACGCUUUCAUUCGGAAAUUUACUUCCGUGCGGCAAGUCCCGUGCUGUGUCUUUCUCUGACACUUUAAAAUGCUCCACGCACACACACACACACACGCACUGCCAAAAUGUUUGCGGCAGUAAUAAAGCGCACGCGUCUCUGUCUCUCUCUAUCUCUGCGCUGGUUGCUGCUUGAUCGUAUCACGAGUCAUGUUAGGUCAAAUUUAUUCGUCCAUUUCACAUAUUCGGCCGAACUUGCGUUUUUUGCUAUUUUCGGCCGAACAUUUUCGGUGGCCGAACAUUCGGUGCAUCUAUAGGGAUACCCGAAUGCGUUUAGAUUUGCGAACCAGGCCUUUCAUCUUACAUAUUGUGAACACGACUUUGGCCUCUGACCAAAGAGCAAACCAAAAAUGUGAAGGGUUUGUGAAUGAUGCUGCAUAGCGGACUAGAAAGAGACCAAAACCAAGCCCUGGAACAAAUAUUUUUGAGAAAUCUAAUUUCCCUGUCAGGGCUUUGCCUGCAAUAAAGAGGAAAUGUAUUGGCUGUUGUUAAAUAAAAAUACACUAGUUUUGUUGAGUUGAGAGAUGUGUAAAGCCUGGCCUUUAGCUUUUGAUAAACUGGCAUUGAAUUGUGGGGGGGGGGUUGGAGAGAGGUCAUGAGUAAAGUCAGAGAUGUUAUAUCUAGAACGUGUUUGAGUUUGAACCCAUGCCUUGCCGUGAAACAAAGGCUAUGUCACACAUCAACCCCGCAGGUCAUAUUUUGUGGCCGUGCCCAAGACUAUGGAAUGAGAUUAAAAAAGGGAGAAUGUGUGUGUAUCAGGCUUUUGUACAAAUACUGAACUAAUGGUUGUGUGCAAAGAGGGUUCUCCUAUAGUUGAAGUUUUCAGUAUCGUAGUUUUUUUGGUUACCUGGGGACGUUGUAUUUGUAGGGGAUUCAUAUGCAUUAAUAUCAAAUGAAGCAACAGAGAUUUAGCAUCACGAGCAUUAUGCAGUUUUGACAGCAAGAAAAUAUGCUGAAAUAAAAUGGGACAAUCAGACAGCUUCAAAAUACGGAAGCGUCCUCUUUAAAAUGACUUAUUUUUGUCGACUUUUGCCUGGCUAUAAUCUUAUCAGAAUGAUGACGCUUUCAGGUUAGCAAAUAUCUGUAUCAUGUAUAUUGUUUGUUGUCUAUGGGGGUAUUGGGAAAAUGCAUGCCGGCCCACUUAUUGCUAAGGUAGAAUUGCAUGGUGCCCUCCACAUUGUAAUACAAAAAUACAGAUUUGUUUUUGUCUUACAACUUGAAAGUGAUUUUCAUUUAUACCUAUUGCGAUACUUCAUCUGGCAUGCACUUAAUAAACUUAUAGAUACCUUAAUGAUUUUUUAAUGAAAUUUUAUUCCAUAAGGGAUUAAUUUACUAUGUAAUACUCACAAUUUAUGGGACUCAUAAAGCCUCAAAUAUUUUAUUGCUUGGGAUGUGUUCCUUGUAAUGGUGCUUUACGACUGGUCAGGUUUUUUUAAUGUAAGCAAAAAGAUGAUAUUAAAUCUGUGAUAUAGGGGUUAACUUACAAUUGUAAAUGAUUUAAUGAAUUGUACAAAUAGCGUCAUGCUCAUACUCAUACUCACCUAGGUCCAUAUUCAUUCAGUUCACAUGGAUACAGUUCAGUUUGUGCCGUACACAAUAAUCAAAAAAGAAGUGUUUACAGGAUAAGCUGUUGGACUACUUUUUUAUUGUGCAGCUCAUCCUUUUUAACUAUUGAUACUUACUUCAGGUAGUUUAUGAACACUGCUAGAAACUUAGAGAUGUUGAAAAAAAGAAAAUCUUGACGUCUUCCAUUGAUUCUUCACUUCCACCAUGUCUCCACUGUGUAGUAAUAAGUAAAAGCAAUAACGUUGGAGCAGUUUUUCCAUUGAUGUGUUGCCUCUCUGAUUGCAGCAGGAUUAUGUCUCAAAGAGUGUAUUCAGGAUGUCAGGGAGUUGAGAUCAAUCAUGAGCAGGAGAGGAUUUCUUUAUUUUUGGAAUAUAUCCUUUUUGUGAAAAUUUGGAUGGGUUGGGCGAAUAUGUUUCUUCUAAGGUGUGGCUUGUUUUUGUGGUUACCAUAGUCCACAUUCUGUUUGUGGCCGUCUUCAGUACAUGUGUGUGUGCGUGUGAAUGUGAUCAUCUACCACCUCAUUGACACUGGUGGAAAUCUUAUUUUGUAUCCGUGUCGAAAAUGGGUUUUUGGGCGAGAAACCUUGUUGCCAUUGUUUGUGCUAAAGAUCUUCCUUCUUCAUGCAUUAAUACUGUAGAUAAAACUGGCCAAAAUUUGUGAACAUGAACAUACGAUGUGUUUAUAGCAGUCUGAAACGCUGUGAGCUUGUAGUUCUCAUGUAUCCGUGAAAUGGCAAAAAAGAAAAAAGUAGAACUCAGGGUUUGCUAGUAUACAGAAAAUGCCAUUUUGGAUAUGCAAUGUUUUUUUUGUAUGUCCAAAAAUAAGCUUGCACUUUUACUUCAGGUGGGGAAACAAUUCCUCAGUCAUUGGUUCCCAGAAACAGUCUGCCUCAUAGGUGCAGAAAGAUGCACCGAAAUGUUUCCGUUUUUGCUUUCCGAAUGCAUGAGACAAGUAGAGGAAUACAGAAGAUCUUUAGCUCUUAUCAAAUAAGUAGCACUCUGCCCAUCCACUCUAUGUACAACCUCACAAUCCUACUGUGAACCUCAGAACUCUACUGUUUUAUACAACUAUGAAGUAGAUGAAGCUAGCUGACGCUAAUGCUGUAACGAUUAACUCGCCAUUUACAUAUUUUAUUUUAUAGCAUGAAAUAUAAAGUUAUAUUUAUUCAAAUUAUAUAUUUUACUCAUAAUCAUUCUGUGCUGCUUUUUAUUUCCGUUCUUAAAGCUUGUAUAUUGCUUUUUUAUGAUACAAAGAAAUGUUAAUAGAUAAUAAAUGCAUUUGUUUGUACAAUAAAGAUGCUGAUU